GGACAUGAGACGAGUCCACAGGAGCUGAUGCAGGCUGACAGGGAAGUUCUCCUGAAGUUGGGGAGGCUGGCCUUUGAACAUCUGGAGAAAGGAAACAUCCUGUUCUACCAAGAAGACCUGGAACUGUGCGGUCUGGAUGUCACAGAGACCUUAGUGUACUCAGGUGUUUGUACAGAGAUCUUCAAAAGAGAGUGUGUGAUCUUCCAGAAACCGGUCUACUCCUUUGUUCAUCUGAGCAUUCAGGAGUUUCUGGCUACUGUCUACAUGUUCCACUGUCACACUGAAAGGAAGACACAGGUGGUGGAGGACUUCCUGAUAAAUAUUUUUCCUCAUUUAUUCAGUGAUGAUUAUAAUGAUGAUGACAUGAAAAGCUCCUCUUUGGAUGUGUUUCUCUGGAGAAUCAUGGAAAAAUCCCUCCAAAGUAAAAAUGGCCACCUUGACCUCUUUGUUCGUUUCCUUCAUGGCCUCUCUCUGGAGUCCAUCCAGACACUGCUACGAGGCCUCUUGGGUCAGACAGAGAACAAACCAGAAAUCUCCCAGAGAGUCAUCAAGAACCUCAAAAAAAUGAAUAGUUAUGAAAUCUCUCCUGACAGGAGCAUAAACAUUUUCCACUGUCUGAUGGAGAUGAAUGACCUCUCAGUGCAUCAGGAGAUCCAAGAGUACCUGAAGUCAGAAAACAGAUCAAAGCAGAAACUCUCUGAGAUCCACUGCUCAGGCCUGGCCUACAUGCUGGAGAUGUCCGAAGGGGUUCUGGAUGAGUUGGACCUUGGGAAAUACAACACAUCACCCGAGGGACAGCGGAGAUUGAUUCCAGCUGUGAGGAAUUGCAGAAAGUUUCGACUUUCUAACUGUUGGCUCUCAACAACUCACUAUGAAAUUGUGGCCUCAGCUCUGAAGUCCAGCCCUUCCUAUCUGACAGAGCUGGAUCUGAGUGGAAACCACCUGAAGGAUUCAGCAUUGAAGCAGCUAUGUGCUGCUCUGGAGAGUUCAAACUGUAGACUGCAGACUCUAAGAUUGGAGAGCUGUAAUUUGUCAAAUAUCAGCUGUGCUACUCUGGUCUCUGCUCUGAAGGCCAACCCUUCUCACCGGACACAUCUAGACCUGAGUAAAAACAACCUGUAUGAUUCAGAUGAGAAGCAGCUGUCUGAUCUCGUGAAACUACAGUUUAUUAAG